UACCACCCUUUCCUGGGACCAGAAGUUCACAGAAGGGCUGCUGGGUGGAAAGGCACCCGAGGCUGCUCUCAGUGGACUGCAGAGCAAACCCGGGGGGAGAAAGGAGGAGGAGGAAGAAGAGGCCACUGCACUGGGAGAACAUCUUACAGGGACCCACCUCAUCCCUCAAGUCUCUGGGAAGCUCUAAAGAUGGCCAAAGAUGAUUCCACUGUUCGCUGCUUCCAGGGCCUACUGAUUUUUGGACAUGUGAUAGUUGGUAUGUGCGGCAUCGCCCUGACCGCAGAGUGUAUCUUCUUUGUAUCCGAUCAACACAGCCUGUACCCUCUGCUGGAGGCCACCAACAAUGAUGACAUCUAUGGGGCUGCCUGGAUUGGCAUGUUUGUGGGUAUCUGCCUCUUCUGUCUAUCGGUUCUAGCCAUUGUAGGCAUCAUGAAGUCCAACAGGAAAAUUCUGCUGGCGUACUUCAUCCUGAUGUUUAUAGUAUAUGGUUUUGAAGUGGCAUCUUGUAUUACAGCAGCAACACAGCGUGACUUUUUCACACCCAACCUCUUCCUGAAGCAGAUGCUGAUCAGGUACCAAAACAACAGCCCUCCAACCAAUGAUGACCAAUGGAAGAACAAUGGUGUCACCAAAACCUGGGAUAGGCUCAUGCUUCAAGACCACUGCUGUGGUGUGAAUGGCCCAUCGGACUGGCAAAAGUAUACAUCUGCCUUCCGAACUGAGAAUAAUGAUGCUGACUACCCCUGGCCCCGCCAGUGCUGUGUUAUGAACAAUCUCAAAGAACCUCUCAACCUAGAGGCCUGCAAACUGGGUGUCCCUGGUUACUACCACAAUCAGGGCUGCUAUGAACUGAUCUCUGGACCAAUGGAUCGGCACGCCUGGGGGGUCGCCUGGUUUGGAUUUGCCAUUCUCUGCUGGACUUUUUGGGUUUUCCUGGGUACCAUGUUCUUCUGGAGCAGAAUUGAAUAUUAAGCUUGAAGCAUCACCACCACACCUCCUUCUAGUGACUCUGGACUCGGUGCGGGAACCUGCUCUCUCCUCCUAUUCCCCAUCUGCACUCCGUAGUAACCAGUGCAGGUCUUACUCACACUGCCAUAUCAGAUAGUGCAGAGUUCCUCUAUGUACUUGGGUGUUUGUAUUCUCUGUAUCUUUCAUGCUAGUCUAAGAUUCUGCAGCGAUGUCUUGGACUAUACUUCAGAGAGUAUUUAGAAAGAAGACACUACUGUAACCCUGUGUGUUUUUAAUUUGGGGCAUAAUGAUAUUCAAUGCAAUCCAGUUUGUAUUUGCAUUGCCAAGCUGAACAGCAAACAGCUUGUACUUCUCAGUGUUUCCUUCCUGGGUUUCUGUUUAUCUCAGUCCUGACUGGGGAUCCCAGGGGGAAGGGUUGGAGAAGAAAAAGAUUUCCAAAACUGUACCUUGUGCCUUUGUUCUAUAGAACAGUAGCCCCUAUCUACCGAGAGACCCUGGUGGUUCUCAGAUGCCACCUUCAGACUCUCCAGAACAUUCCCUGAGCUCUAGUUAACAAUGGUUCAAAUUACUUCCUUUGUCUUGCAGAGUGAUCUGUGUUUAGUUACCUCCAUUCUCCACUAAUUAAAAACUUAUAGGCUUUUGGUGGGGGGACAUAGGAGAGGCCUGUUAUACAUAUUAACUCAGCCCUUUCCCUGAAUGGUCUCAACUUAAAACAGGUGAGACAUAGGCCAGCUACUUGACUGAAUGAUCUAUGCGGAGUUUUGUUUGCUGUCAAAAUAUUUUCUCUUCUGAAUGGUUUCCAUUUAUGGUCCAGAAGGAAGUUCUCACAACUCAGCACUUUGUUUGCUUAAGUCUUAUCAAUAAAGCGGGCUUUACCAUGG